AUGGCCCCUCGCGCUCCGUUCAAUGUCCCCCAUGUACCCGUGCUUCACCUAAACUCUACUGCAUUCAGCGCUUUGAGCUGCAAACCACCAAAACACCACAGUAUCGUCUCCCCAGAGACAGAAAUUUUGACGCCCUCCAGCGACGUCGCCCUCAACACCGACACCCCAAAAUCAAUCAACAACAACCUUUUUCAUCGUCAAAAACCUGUGCAUUCAUCUCAGGCGACUUCAAAUUAUUUCUUGCAACGUCCGUUUCACCCCAAAACGGAUGUCGCGGCCGUCGAUGCUAUGACUGAGGUCGGAGCCGCCGAUCUAUCAAGGCUGCUUCAAUCAAAGCGCAAUGAGUGCAGUUCAAUUGUGACGUCGCGGAAGCGAAAGCUUCGCGAACUGUUCGUUGUUGCGACACAGUCCGAGGGUCUGCCGCACCCAGUCUUGACCAACCCAGACGCGCCGACCACAACACCAGCCGAAUGGCAAUUCUUGCAAGCCAACGAUAUCAACCAAAGCAAGACGCUCAAUGAAGCCAGCAUCCCCACGAGGCCAACCUUCUCGCUAGAAGUGCUCAAGAAAUCUCUGGCAAAGUCGAUAUUCAUUGCGAAUGAAUCUGUGCCGAAGCAAACGCCGGAGAAUUCAAAUAAAUCCCAUGUAACGGAUGCGCAGGACGACCAACAGUCUAACAAGGCACCUUUAUCUACAAAACCCGAUGCUGCUGCUACUUCAACAAGACCUAACACACCCGAGACUUCAACAGAGUCAGCUACAACCGCCAAUCUCGUUCCUCCACCCGCCAAGAACACCCAAGCUGUACUUCCACCUGCCGAUGCGAUUGAAAAGCCGAUACCAACAACCUCUCCAGAUGUUCCUGCAUCCACUGGCGCCAAUGCGAAUCCGAUAACGAACGGAGAGGACCGUGUCGAUCCAAAUGAAGUCGCAUCGGCACCGCGCCAACCUCAAGUCACCUUUGAAACAGGAACAAAGGGCGACCAUGUUGAGACUGGAACAUCGUCAGUGAAGUCUGGUCAGGGGGUCGGGGAUUCUGCUGUAACCACAAGUGUUCCCUCAACAGUUAAGCCCUCUGCCGACGCUACUCGUUCCGCCGACGCUUUAUCUUCGCCUGGUUCAACGGCCCAAAGUGCGACUACACCUGCGGUACAUGAUGAUGCUUCUACAGAUACAAGUCCGGAGCAUGAGGGGCCACAGUAUGUCGAGCCAGCAGAACAGGAAAAUAUUGAGGAUGGUACCCGUGAGAGAGGCACAGACAAAUACCAUCAGAGUCAUCAAGGCGAUGAUAUUCGAGCUCCUUCAACCAAAGACCUGGAAGACCGUGUAUUGGAAGCACCCCCUGACUCUGCCGAAGCCCAGCUUCUCCAAGAAUCUAUCCGAUCGAAUGUCGCAGCAGAGAAAGAGGCAGCACUGAACUCGGCGAGCACUAGCCAGGAGGCAGACACUGCUAUACCAGCGCCAGUGUCCGAAGAUGUUAACAUGUCGGAUGUUGACGACAGGGUUGUCAAGGCUGCGCCCACGGUUGGAGGAAAGGUUGAGGAGAAGCAUGCCCAACAGAUACUCGAUACUGAUGCGAAAUCCGCUUUAGCAACUGGUGCACCUGCAGAAAUUUCAGGUAGUAAGGAAAUUCCAGACAGCCAAGAAGAGGCCCCUGAACAGAUGGAUGUGGAUGCGCCCGAGCCUAAAGCAAGUACUGAAAGUCAAAUCGGAGCGCCCAUAUCACCUGAGAAGUUGGAUGCAGCCGACAGCGGUCCGUCCUCGCCUACACCUGCGCAUAUAACUGAGGUCGCUGCACCCCCCGAGCCUGUUCGUCAAGAUUCACCGCCCAAAGUUGAGCGCGCUGUCACUAGAGUUUCGUCUGGGGCAAUGCGUCCAAAGUCUGUCAGUGAAAUUGUUGGCGUGACCCCUCGCCAAACCCCGACGUUGGAACACAUUUCUACCAAUAAGAGCAUAAACCAUCAGCUGACUCCUUUAACUUCUACUCCCAAAUCACCAACCCUGAGGCACCGUCACAUUUCCGCUCAUCAAAGACAGACAUCUCGCAGUCAGCCCUCGACGGUUGUGUUUGGUAAGCAGUCCAAGAAGGGCGAAGAAAAGUCGAUGGUGACCAGCCAACAUGACACGAUUCUUCCGACCGAAGACUACUACACCCCUCUUUUUGUUCAGGGCUUUGCUGGCAGUUCAUCAUGGAUGCAGCCGAUCGAGAAAAUCUUGUAUACUGCCAACAAGACCGUUACAACGCCGGAUGCCAACCUGGCCAUCCAAGACCACCAAGCAUGCAAAGUUUUGAGGCGCGUCUACCAUCUUCAGCAGCACGAUAAAUGGUCUCUGCGGCAACCCAAACGUUGCCCUGAGCCCACCCGGCCCCCGUCUCACUGGGACGUUGUGCUUCAAGAAAUGAAAUGGAUGCGAACAGAUUUCCGAGAGGAGCGAAAAUGGAAGAGAGCUGUAGCCAAGAAUCUUGCAUAUGCUUGUGCAGAAUGGCAUGAAGCUACCCCUGAAGAGCGGAAGACACUGCAAGUUCAAGCUGUUAUACCCCCCAAGAUGAAGCCGGCAAGCGAUGUCGCCAUGGUUGACGUCGAGGGCGCAAACCAUCUAACUCCCGAUCUCGUUUCUGGCGAAGAUGUCGAAUCUAUCGAUAAUCUCGAUGACCUGAUCGAAGAAUUUCCAGAGACAAUAGCGCCAUCCGCCAUAUUCAACCUUCAAGACGAAGAUGUCGUUUUUGGUCUACGCCGAACUGCCGCUGCAGACCAGCUUUUGGAAGAGCUCCCAAUGUUUGGAGCACCUCUUCAGGUCCCCAAGUUCGAUCUUACAGGCCCCGAAUGGGAUCCCGACGCUCAUUGGCGACGACCAGCUCUGCCCUUGAGCAAGUACGUCGAGGGCCACAUGAAGUUGGUUUCAGAUGGCCCACCGAGAAAGCGCAGUCGAUAUAAUUAUCAGAACGAAGAUUCUGACGACGAAGGCGAGGCUGGUUUUGUGAGCAGCGAUUCUACACCCAGCCUUCCCCUACCAUCAGCCACCGACGAGGUUGCUUUGUUUAACCCUGAGAUGAAGCACAUUCGCGAUCGUUUGUAUGUUGGCCAUCAAUUCCGGCCACCUUCGGAAUACCCCAUGCCCUCUCAAAGUUUCUUCGAAUGUCGCAGCCCAUCACAAUGGACCAUUGCCGAGGACGACGAACUUCGAAGCCUUGUCCGGGAACAUUCUUAUAAUUGGUCUCUCAUUUCUAGUAUACUUGCACCCAGAUCCAUUUUCAACUCUGGUGCGGAGAGACGCACUCCUUGGGAAUGCUUUGAGAGGUGGAUCAAUCUGGAAGGACUGCCAGCGGACAUGUCUAAGACGCAGUACUUCAAAGCCUAUAUGGGCCGUAUUAAUACAGCCCAGAACAUGAUUAACAUGCAGAACCAGGCGAUGGCACAGCAGCAGGUUAACCAAGCCAACGGAGCAGUCACUCCUGGGCGACGAAGGCAUCAAUCCAUUCCCUUCAGAGUAGAGAGGCGACGCAAUCAGAAGCAUCUCACAAUGCUUGAUGCCAUGCGGAAGCUGGCAAAGAAACGGGAGACCACAGCACAGAAGCAGCAACACACGGCAUCGCAGAAUGCUGCCAACAAAAAGACUAAUGAGUCCGCAUCGCAACGCCCAACGAAAACACCAGGAGAAUACAGCAGGCUACGCUACGAAAGAGAUCAAGCUCUGGCAGAAAAGAUGGCGCAAUUCGCGUCAAGGCAAGAGGCUCAAAGACGA